GUGUCUCUUUACACACGGAGUGAGCAACAAUCCCAAUAGAUGAUCUUUGCAAACCUUCAGCAGCCAUACAGGCAGCAGCUGUUGACAUAUGGAGGGAUUCCACGGCUGCAGCGGUGGUACCCUGCGGUCACCGUCGCAUUAAAGAUGUCCGACUCAAAAAAUCCGUGUAUUUAAUAACCAACUGCGGCCUUCAAACACGAGGCGCCAGAACGGGAGGAGAUAAAAGACUCGCUUUAUUAUCUGUAGUCAGUCAGCAGUUGUGCGGCGUUGUGACAGCUCACCAUCACUCCCAGCAACACACUCUCUCUCUCUCGGUGCUAGACCGACAGCUAUGUCUACGUCCGUCACGCGUGACACCGAUAUUAAAAAGAAGCACGUCCAUUUCGCCAGUAUGGAGGAGGACGACAACGACGACAAGGAGGAGGACACCCUGUUUGACAAGAGGAAGGACACUGGGCGAGAAAUGAAGAACGCAUUAAAGGGGGCGAAGAGAAAGACCACACAAAACAGCGACGACCGGGUGGAGGUGGUUGGCGGAGGAAGGGGCGGCCAAGGAGCAACCGGCCGCUGGAUGGUUACGCUCGCGCUCUGUGCAUCUUGCCUGGGCUUGGGGAUGUGUAUCUCAGUUCUUGGCCCCACACUGGAAGACUUGGCUGCAAAUGUGAACCAGGAUAUCGGCAACAUCUCCUACAUCUUUGUUGGCCGCUCUGCAGGCUACGCCGGCGGAUCCCUAUUAGGAGGCAUUCUCUUUGACUGCAUGAACCCCCAUCUCCUGCUAGGUUUGUCCAUGCUGCUCACGGCUUCUGGAAUGUGUGCCAUCCCUUACUGUAAGCAGGCUCUGCUCCUCACUGUGUUCAUGUCCAGCAUUGGGAUAUCCAUGGGUGUUAUAGAUACAGGUGGUAACGUGCUCAUACUGGACACGUGGGGUGAGCAGUCGGGGCCUCACUUGCAAGCGCUGCACUUCAGUUUUGCCGCUGGGGCCUUUGUGUCUCCUAUCAUAGCCAAGCUGGUGUUUGGGACUGACUGGAAGGGCACUGAGGCCAUAGCACCAACCAAGAGUACGCCUUCCACAGAGCCCCAGGUGACCAAAACCGUCAACACUCAGGGAGUCUCGCACAGCACCCUCAACUCCACCUGGGCCUACAUCGUGAUCGGUGCUUUUGUCUUUCUCAUGUCCUUCCUCUUCUUCAUCCUUUAUUCUCGCUGCAGCGUGUCACGUGCAAAACCCCGCUCGGCCUCAGGAAAGCCCCUGGUGGCCAAAUAUCAUGUGGCUCUUACAGCCCUCCUUUUCCUCUUCUUCUUUGCCUACGUCGGUGCUGAAGUAGCAUAUGGCUCCUUCAUCUUUACCUUUGCUAAGGAGUACAUCCACAUGGCUGAGGCGAAGGCAGCUGGGCUAAACUCCCUGUUCUGGGGGUCAUUUGCAGCGUGCCGUGGGUUAGCCAUCUUCUUUGCAGCCUGCAUGUACCCGGGAAACAUGAUCCUGCUCAGCCUGUUGGGCACCGCUAUCUCCUCUCUUCUGCUCUGCUUCUUCAACAAGAAAGAGGAGGUCCUGUGGGUGUGCACUGCUAUCUAUGGGGCUUCCAUGGCUGCCAUUUUCCCAAGCGGCAUCUCGUGGGUGGAGCAGUACACCACAGUAACGGGGCGCACAGCGGCAGUUUUCGUGGUGGGUGCAGCGCUGGGCGAGAUGGUGCUGCCAGCACUCAUAGGCUUCCUGCUCGAGAGGUUUCCAAAGCACCCGCUGCUCAUGUACCUGUCACUCGUCACUGCCAUCUUCACCUCCAUCCUCUUUCCAGUCAUGUACAAGCUGGCCUCGGCGAAUGAUGAAAUUGAAAGCAGUGAAUCCCAACGGGCACUGCUGGACUCAGGAGCUGAUGAAGAUGAGGAUGAGGAAGAGCAGGAUAAUGAGGCCGAUCAGUUGAACGACACAGACUUUGAGGUCAUUGAAAUGGACGAUACAUCAAAUUUUAUGAAUUCACCAAGCAAGAUGUCCUCUCCCCCUGAUGUCAUGGCUCUAACAGACAGCCCCACUGCCCAAACCACACUGGUGUCAGAGCCUGCAGGCGCCACUUCCUCAGAGAGCAUCUCUUUGGUAGGACACUCACCAAGACAGAACCUGCUGCUCUCUUUGGACCAAGAGAAGGGAGACUGAGAAUGUUGGCUCAGUGACACGCCUCAACUGUCCAUUUGCUGUCCAAGACCUGGAAACUCCAACAUAGUUACUGUUUGUACUCUAGUAAAGGAAGCACCAACUAAGCAGUGCAGCUUAUAAAUCAUACACACGCUUCCACAGCUCAACUCAGUGCAUCUUUUAAAGCUUUUGGACAUCUGCUGGACAGUGAAGGAUCAGAUGUUGAAGUAUUGCUAUUUUCUUAUAAAUCAUUUGACACUGUGUUUAAUAUUGUUGUGUCCUUAUCCCCUCUGUAGUUAGGUAAAAGGUAAGGCUAGAAUGAAAGUAAGAAAUAGAUCAGAUAUCAGCCUGAUCCUGACUCAACAAACUUCACUGGGAUCGUUGGCAACAGGUCAAUCUAUUCAGUUCAAUUCUAUGUUCUGUGUUUACUAUGCCUUCCAUCAGCAGUAGAGCACUGAUUACAAACGGGCGAGCUAACAUUUUGGUAACAUAACAUGAAGCCAAAAGCCAAGGGACAACAAGUUGUUAUACUUCUUACAUUUUGAAUGUUUUUAUGUUUGCAGUGUUUUUUGACUACAGCUAAGACUUCUCUGUCAGCUUCUGUCUUUGAGUUACUGGUAUCACAUUGGAGCUAGACAAACAUGGAUUGAUGCAUCGCUAGAAUUCAGUGCCUUGUUUGAGGACGUGAGGAGAGUGGAUGAGCUGAACCAGGGACAGACAGCUAGCCACCCCCUUAAAAUAAAAUCUUGCACUGCAAAUACACUAUAUUGCCAAAAGUAUUCACUCACCCUUCUAAAUCAUUACAUUCAGGUGUUCCAAUCACUUUCAUGACCACAGGUAUAUAAAAUCAAGCUCCUAGGCAUGCAGACUGCUUUUAUAAACAUUUGUGAGAGAAGGGCUUGCUCUCAGGAGCUCAGUGACUUCGAAUAUGGUACUGUGAUAAGAUGCCACCUGUGCAAAGUCCAGUCAGGAAAUUCUGUCACCAUUAAAUGUUCCACAAAAUGAAAGUGAUUGCGAUUGACAGCAGCUCAGCCACAUAAAAUAACAGACUGGGGUCAGCAACUUUGUGCAGUCAAUCACUGCAGACUUCUAAACUUCAUGUGGCCUUCAGAUUAGCUCAAGAACAGAGUACAGAAGGUUACAGAAUUGCAAAGUGCAAUGCAAAGCAUCAUAUGCAGUGGUGCAAACUGCAUAUGAUGCCACUGAACUCUAGAGAAGUGGAGAGGUGUUCUCUGCAAUGACGAAUCAUGUCUACAUCUGGCAAUCUGAUGGAGGAGUUCGAGUUGCAGCUGCUAGAACAGUACUUGGGGGCCUAAGUGUAAAUUUUUUUUAAUGGGCUUGGGCUUGCUCCCUUAGUUCCAGAGAAAGGGACUCUUGAUAAUUCAGCACACCGAGACAAUUUCAUGCUUCCAACUUUGUGGGAGCAAUUUGGGGAUGGCCCUUUCCUAUUCCAGCACAACUGUUUCUAAAGACAUGGACGAGGAAGUUUGGUGUGGAAAAACUGGACUGGCCUGCACAGAGUCCUACACCUCAGCCUGACAGAACACCUUUGGGAU